AGUGACGGCUCCGUGGGACGGCUUGCGGAGGAUUUGUGUGUUGGGGGCAGAUAACUCUUUGCCCUGCCGGCUCGGGAGAGCGUUCCAUUGGCCGCGCCCCCUUCUGCCCGCCCCCUCCAGGUGCGCGGUGCCUACGUACCGCGGGCGUCCCGCUGCCAUGGGAACCUUGCGGCCUUCAGGCCCGAGCGGAGCCUAGCAGCGGCCUGGCGCAUCCUGGGCGGGGCGCCGACUUCCAGCCUGCUGCAGCUGCCGCCCCUGCCCGAGCUGGCGAGCAAGAGAGAGGGGCGUCCCGAUGCCCCCCCGCAAGGGGCUCGUCUGCAUCCUAGAGCUGCACAUCCGCAUGGUAACGUGUCCAGGAGUUACCCUGAAAGCCAAAGAUGACCUCUACAUCAGUGCCUGUAUCUUUGGGCAGUAUAAAAAGACUUCACGUGUCCGUCCAGUAUUUCCCCUUAUGUUUGAUGAGAAACUAAUAUUUGAAAAGGUCUAUACUGAUAUCGUUGACCCGGGAGCCCUCGUCAAACAAUUUGAAUUUGACACAGCAGUGCUUGAAUUAAUACAAACGGCUCCUCCAGUGGGAGAACGUGUAGCUGUAUAUGAAGAAAACACCAGAGAUUUCCUUUUCCCUGAUCGGAAGUGUAUGCGUGGACAGCAUGGGUCAGUGAGGGAAGUAUUAAUGAAGAAGACAUAUGGUUUCACAGGAAUUGCACCAAAACUGAAUUUUUACACAAGCUGUCUUAUUUCCGAAAGCCUGUUAAGUUCAGAGAAGGCUCUCAAGCAGGAUAACUUGAAGCGGCUGUGUCAUACGUCUCCAGACAAAACAUCACAGACGAGGUCGCCGAAGAAGAACACUCCCUCGCCGGAGAGGAAGAGGCACUGCAUCACAACGAGGAGUUACGAACAGCCCACAAUAGCGUCCCUCUCCCGGUCUCCGUCUCCUUACACAAAAAGGCGGAUGUGUGAGCUGGAGCGAAUCAGACAGCGCUUGGUCCACCUAGACCUGGGGCCUUACGACUUCCGGAAAGAAUCGGACCGGCCUCCGUUUGUAUUGCGGCGUCCGGAACCGAUUCCUACAUCACUAGAUAUUCAUACUUGGUGUCUUCCUAAGGAGAGUGUCAAAGAAGCUUGGUCUGAGCCAAUCUAUGAUCCCACCCUUCUCGACAGCUACCAACCCAAGAACACGAAAAUGAUCAUGUCACCCCGUGGAAGAGACCUUGACAGCUUCUUUGACAGCUUUGACGACCACUUGAUGUCGAGUCAAACUGGCAGACAGCUGCAUUCGACCCGUCUGCUGAUGCAGUCCGCGCCCCCAUCCCUGGCAAAGCGCUCCUCAACUCCAGUGUUAAAUCGCUCGUCUCUUAGAGAAAGGUUUCAUUCUGGUUGGCGCCCAGGAGUCAAUGGAGAAGAGAUCCAUACGCGAGUGAGAAAUAUCUUAAGGACACACAGUGCGAGGCAAAGGCUAACGUUUGAUGAAAGUCAUUUGUCAAAAGGAGAUUCUGCUUACACCCGGGAAUCCAAGAAAACGGGAGAUUCCAGUUCGAAAAGAGACAUUUCGUGUAUAGACUCCUUAAGCAACAGUGAGCUUCAGAGCAGUUUGUCCCCACGGCAAAGCACCCUGGUCCAUCUGGACAGCGACGAAUAUUGGACCAGUCAAGCCGCGGAGUAUCGAAGCAAACCCCACAGAGCGAUCUUUGAAGACAGCCUGGAGAAAAUCUAUCGAAACAUGUACAGAAAAGCCUCCGGCACCCUUUCAACGGACCAAUAAAUAAUGUCUAGCUAGUAACACAGGUGAAAACGAACAGUAUACAAGAUCAAUGUUUUUUUAAUGAAAAUAUUGUUUGUCUAACACAUGUUUGUACUCUAGUGUGUUGGGUUUUUUUAAAAAACCUGAAAUGUUUUAGCGUGGACUUGUGAAAUUCUGCGGCUGGCACUUCUCCCGACAGGGAAAUCAAUGGAAGUGUGAUGAGUGGGAAUUUUUGUGAGGGCAACGGCGUGCUUGAGAACUAGGAAGCCAAAACACAUCAUUUAAGUCAGGGGUCCCCAACUUGUGGUACUCCCGAUGUUGCUAAACUACAACUCCCAUCAAUAAAUUGUAGCUGGACCAUAAGAACAGCCCUGCUGGAUCAGGCCCAAGGUCUAUCUAGUCCAGCAUCCUGUUCACACAGUGGCCCACCAGAUGCCUCCGAGAAGCCCACAGGCAAGAGGGGAGGUCCUGCCUUCUCUCCUGCUGUUGCUCCCCUAAGAUAGAUUGAGAGGCACCGUGCCUCUGAGGCUGGAGGUGGCCUGUAGCCAGUAGACAUUGAUCGACUAUGAAUUUGUCUAAGCCACUUCUAAAGCCAUCCAAGCUAGUGGCCAUCACCGCAUCCUGUGGCAGAGAAUUCCAUAGGUUAAUUUUGUGCUGUGUGAAAAAUUACUUCCUCUUGUCAUUCCUAAAUUUCCCAACCUUCCGUUUCACGGGAUGACCCCUGGUUUCGGUGUUGUGAGAGAGGGAGGAACUUUUCUCUCUGUCCACUCUCUCGAUUCCACGCAUAAUUUUAUACACCUUGAUCAUGUCUCCUUGUAGUCGCCUCUCUUCCAAACUAAAAAGCCCCCGGUGUUGUAGCCUGGCCUCAUAAGGAAGGCGUUCUGGGAAGGAUCAUCUGGGUUGCCCUCUUCUGCACCUUUCCCAGUUCUGAAAUAUCCUUCUUAAGAUAUGGUGUCCAGAACUGCGCACAGUACCCCAAAUGUGGCCUCCCCAUUAUGAGGGCUGAUCGGGGUGGUAGUUUAGCAACACCCUGGAGUCCCACAGGUUGGGAACCCCUUUUGGCUAGGCGUGUUUUGGCUCCCCAGUUCUCAAGCAUCCAGAUUUCCGUUAGACAGGAGGGGUGCGCUGACCCACCAUGUGAGUGUCCAGGGUUUUGUAUCUGCCCUGUGCCCCUCCAGCAUAAAUCCAGGCAGAUGGGAGAACAUUUCAUUUCCUGCCACACUCCCAGGAACAAGCUUCCACAAGAUGCUGCCUUCUGCUGAGUCAGACCCUUGGUCCAGCUCGCUCAGUAUUGUCUGCACAGACUGGCAGCAGCAUCUCCAAGGUUGCAGGUGGGAGUCUCUCUCAGCCCUGUCUUGAAGAAGCCAGGGAGGGAAACUUGAAAAAACCUUCUGCGUGCAAUCCUGCAGAUGCUCUUCCCAGAGCAGCCCCAUCCCCUAAGGGGAGUAUCUCUCAGUGCUCAUACAUGUAGCCUCCCAUUCAAAUGCAAAGCCAGGCAGACCCUGCUUAGCAGAGGGGACAAUUUCAUGCUUUCUCCCACAAGCCCAGCUUUCCUUUCUCCUAACAAUAGUCACAUCACCAUGCUUCUAACUACCAGCCUGUCUUGAUUUGAUAGUAUUUUGUCUACCUAGAAAAUACUGGGAAAUGCCCUAUCCCAACCCACCCCACCACCUUUCUUCAGAUUAUGGGAAGAAUCAUCAUUCUGAUAUUUGGGUGAAAUGACAGAAGGGUGGAUAAAAUUAACCAGCCCUGUUGCCGAGGUGGAUGACACCUUCUCUGCGGUCCCAGCAGAUCACGUUGUGUACUUUGGAAUGUUAAACUGAGAUGCAGAUCUAAGUUGAGUGGCAAAGUGAUCAGACUUUGCUCAAGCAAGAUAUUGAUUUGCUCAAACAAGAUGCAUGUCAAAUUGUGGGGAUGUAUGUUGGAUUCCUGUGGGUAACUGCUCCCCUCUGUAUGACCACAUUAAUUCUUGGCCCUGGACUUCCCAGUCCGUUGAGUGCGGCUGUCUGUGUCCCUUUCUUUAGUGCGAGGAGCUGAUAGGUCUCAGAUUGCUAUAAAGCAGGGGUAGGCAAACUUGUGGCUGGGGCUGAUGGGAGUUGUAGUCUGACAGCAGCUGGAGAGCAGAGGUUGCCUACCCUGGGUGUAAAGCAGCCGCUCUUACAAAGGCAUGAUGGUGGCCCUUGUAGCAGGGGGAAAUAGUAACCCACCACCGGUCCUAGAGAAGAGAGAGGUGGAUCUCUCGAACCAUAUUUACCCAAAUACGAGGCGACUCUGAAUUUAAGACGAGCCCCUUUAAAAAAAAACAACCCAGAGUUUAAAUACAUCUUUACUCAAAAGAAGUCUCUGGAUUUAGGAUGACCCCCUGAUUUCUAACAUCCAAGAACUGGGGUGGGGGGGGGUGGGCUAGUCUUGGAUCCAGGUAAAUAGAGUAGAUGGGAGGGUUCCUGGUUCCCCAAACGGGGUCUGCUUCUUUCCUCCUGACGUUCACCAGGCACCUGUCCCACCCAUGCCAGCAAAGCGGCUCGGAAGGAGAAGGUGGACGGAGUGACUAGUGGCCAGAGGUGUUGACGUCAUGAUGGGAACCUCCCUCGCUUUUAGCCAGCCUUUCAUUCGCAAAGGGCUACUUUGCAGAGCGACUCGGGCCCCAGGGUUUGCCGUGGUCAAGGGCCGACAGAGUGGGGAGGUGAGUUUCCACGAAUGCCCCGUGAUGCAUUUGCCCCUUCCAUUUUUAUCACUGCAGAGGCUAGCAGGGCUUCUGCGGGCCUCGGGUGCCGCUUCAAGGGAGAGGUGGGUCCUCUGUGGCCCCUCACCGGAUUGACAGCUGUGCCCCCUCCUCCUUCCUGGUGCUGUCCAGUGAUUUGGGGGCAAAAAAACUGCCACAGCUAACAAUAGGAAGAGCGGCAGUGGUUUUGACCAGCCUCAGGCCAUAACACUGGACUCUGUGAAACUCCCUCUUUCUCCUUCGGAUGCAUCUAUUUAACGCCCCGCUCUUCUUUUGGGAAUGCUUGACUUGUGUAUCACGACCCCCACCCCCCAUAAACCCUUAACGUAUUAAAUAUAUAUAUUUUUAAAUUGUC